CUGCUGACACAAACAGUCAUUAGCAGACGACCCUUUUGUAACCAACUAUGCUUUAAAAUGUAAACUGUGGGGGCAUUUUCCUUGCAUUGUCCAGAAGGAACUUUCUCCUGCGUGAGCCUGGAUUAAUCAUGAGAGAGCUCGUCAACAUUCCACUCGUACAUAUUCUUACUUUGGUUGCCUUCAGCGGGACUGAGAAACUUCCAAAAGCCCCUGUCAUCACUACUCCUCUGGAAACAGUGGAUGCCUUAGUUGAAGAAGUGGCUACUUUCAUGUGUGCAGUGGAAUCCUAUCCCCAGCCUGAAAUUUCCUGGACCAGAAAUAAAAUUCUCAUUAAGCUCUUUGACACUCGGUACAGCAUUCGCGAGAACGGGCAGCUCCUCACCAUCCUGAGCGUGGAAGACAGUGAUGAUGGCAUCUACUGCUGCACAGCCAACAACGGCGUGGGGGGCGCCGCGGAGAGCUGCGGGGCUCUGCAAGUGAAGAUGAAGCCGAAAAUAACUCGUCCUCCCAUAAAUGUAAAAAUAAUAGAAGGAUUAAAGGCAGUUCUUCCAUGUACUACAAUGGGCAAUCCCAAACCAUCAGUGUCGUGGAUUAAGGGGGACAGUGCUCUCAGGGAAAAUUCCCGCAUUGCAGUUCUUGAAUCUGGGAGUUUAAGGAUUCACAAUGUGCAAAAGGAAGAUGCAGGACAUUAUCGAUGUGUGGCAAAAAACAGCCUCGGGACGGCAUAUUCCAAAUUGGUGAAGCUGGAAGUUGAGGAAGAAAGUGAACCCGAACAAGACACUAAAGUUUUUGCCAGAAUCCUGCGGGCUCCUGAAUCCCACAAUGUCACAUUUGGCUCCUUUGUGACCCUGCGCUGUACAGCAACAGGCAUCCCUGUCCCCACCAUCACCUGGAUUGAAAACGGAAAUGCUGUUUCUUCUGGGUCCAUUCAAGAAAGUGUAAAAGACCGAGUGAUUGACUCAAGACUGCAGCUGUUUAUCACUAAGCCAGGACUCUUCACAUGCAUAGCUACCAAUAAGCAUGGAGAGAGAUUCAGCACUGCAAAGGCUGCAGCCACCAUCAGCAUAGCAGAAUGGAGUAAACUUCAGAAAGAUAACAAAGGCUACUGCGCUCAGUACAGAGGGGAGGUGUGCGAUGCUGUCCUGGCCAAAGACGCUCUGGUUUUCUUCAACAACUCCUACGCAGACCCUGAGGAGGCCCAAGAACUGCUGGUUCACACUGCCUGGAAUGAUCUGAGAGCCCUGAGCCCGUUUUGCCGACCGGCUGCUGAGGCUUUGCUGUGCAGCCACAUCUUCCAAGGCUGCAACCCCAGAGCAGUGCCUAAUCCUAUACCCGUUUGCAGAGAAUACUGCCUGGCAGUAAAGGAGCUCUUCUGUGCAAAAGAAUGGCAGGCAAUGGAAGAAAAGACUCACAGAGGACUCUACAGAUCUGGGAUGCACCCGCUCUCCAUGCCAGAUUGCUACAAGCUUCCCAGCAUGCACUGGGACCCCACGGCCUGCACCAGACUGCCAUAUUUAGCAUUCCCACCCAUGACGUCCUCAAAGCCAAGCGUGGACAUUCCAGACUUGCCUUCCUCUUCCUCUUCCUCGUUCUCUGUCUCACCUACAUACUCCAUGACUGUAAUAAUCUCCAUCAUGUCCAGCUUUGCCAUAUUUGUGUUUCUUACUGUGACUACUCUUUAUUGCUGCCGACGACGAAAACAAUGGAAAAACAAGAAAAGAGAAUCAGCAGCCGUAACCCUCACUACACUUCCUUCUGAGCUUCUGCUAGACAGACUUCAUCCCAACCCCAUGUACCAGAGGAUGCCCCUCCUUCUGAAUCCCAAAUUGCUCAGCCUGGAAUACCCAAGGAAUAACAUUGAAUACGUGAGAGAUAUUGGAGAGGGAGCAUUUGGAAGGGUCUUUCAAGCAAGGGCUCCGGGCUUACUUCCCUAUGAACCUUUCACAAUGGUGGCAGUGAAGAUGCUCAAAGAAGAAGCCUCAGCGGACAUGCAAGCAGACUUUCAGAGGGAGGCAGCCCUCAUGGCAGAAUUUGAUAACCCUAACAUUGUGAAACUCUUAGGUGUGUGUGCGGUCGGGAAACCCAUGUGCCUGCUCUUCGAAUACAUGGCGUACGGUGACCUCAAUGAGUUCCUCCGCAGCAUGUCCCCGCACAGCCGGUGCAGCCUCAGCCACGGCGACCUGGCCGGGGGGGCCCAGGCGUCCAGCCCUGCCCCGCCGCCCCUCUCCUGCGCCGAGCAGCUCUGCAUCGCCAGGCAGGUGGCCGCCGGCAUGGCUUACCUCUCCGAGCGCAAGUUUGUGCACCGGGACCUGGCCACCCGGAACUGCCUGGUGGGCGAGAACAUGGUGGUGAAAAUCGCCGACUUCGGCCUGUCCAGGAACAUCUACUCGGCGGACUACUACAAAGCCAAUGAAAAUGACGCCAUCCCCAUCCGCUGGAUGCCCCCCGAGUCCAUCUUCUACAACCGCUACACCACCGAGUCGGACGUGUGGGCCUACGGCGUGGUACUGUGGGAGAUCUUCUCGUACGGCCUGCAGCCCUACUAUGGCAUGGCGCACGAGGAGGUCAUCUACUACGUGCGCGACGGCCACAUCCUCGCCUGCCCCGAGGACUGCCCCCUGGAGCUGUACAACCUGAUGCGCCUGUGCUGGAGCAAGCUGCCCGCCGACAGGCCCAGCUUCCCCAGCAUUCACCGCAUCCUGCAGCGAAUGUGCGAGAGGGCGGAGGGGACGGUGAGCAUUUGAGAGCGGACGGCUGCCCAGGGCAACGCUGCCUUGCCCGCUAAGACACUGUGGGAGCCCCAGGCAUCGCAGCCCCGGUCCCCAGCU